AUGGUAAGGAAGGCUAUCAGAAGAGUGCCAAUCAGUGAAUACAGAAAGAAACGAGUCUCUGUGGAUGCAUUCUGUUGGAUUCAUGCUAUUGCAUCUAAUUGCGCCUAUGAAAUAUACAACAAACUCGAUACUAAGAAAUACAUCAACAUGUUCAGGAACAAGAUCAAUAGUCUCACUAAACACGGUAUUGUGCCUAUAUUCGUAUUCGAUGGUGACCUAAUUGCUGCAAAACAGGAGACAUCUGAAAACAGGCAAAAUAUUCGAGACAAAGCCAGGGUUGAAAUGGAAAUGGCCAUUGAAGAAGGAGACAGCCAUCGGGCAAGAGAAUUAGUGAAAAGAGCAAUUAAGAUUGAAUCAUGGCUUGUUUACGAAUUUCUACAGGAAUUGGAGAAGCAAGACAUCGAAUACAUCAUUGCACCGUAUGAAGCAGAUGCCCAAAUGGCGUACCUGAAUCGAAUUGGAUACGUUGACCACGUGAUGACAGAAGACUCAGACCUGAUUGUCUAUGGUGCCACCAGUAUUCUAUUCAAAUUCAAUGGGUUAUAUGUGGAUGAAUUCAAUGGUGCCCUGUUGACUGAGAGUCUUGGAUCGUUUUUUGCUGAUAAUCUCAUGGAAAUCUGCAUUUUGAGUGGCUGUGACUAUUUGAGUUCAAUCAAAGGAAUUGGACUUAAAAAAGCAUUGAAAUUCUAUGAAAAGCAUGGAAGUGUUGAGGAGCUAGUUAAAGAGUUGCAAUACAAGAUGGAUGUGCCUGAAGGAUACAUCCAUAGAUUUCAUAGGGCUAAACUCACGUUCAUGCACCAUAUUGUGUAUGAUCCAAUAACCAAAGAAAGAAGGAAUUACACGCACACAGAUGAAGACUAUGAGUGGCUUGGAAGCAAGGAAGCAAAGAAACAUAGCAUGGAACCAACAUGUGAUGCUGGAUAUGAGGUAGAGGUAGAAAGGCACUUUCACCCAGGUAUAGAUUUACAAAGUAUUGAAAACAGAAAGAACACCGUUAAGAAGGAUGAAUAUGCAGGUUGUCAAGGAAAUGUCACAAUUAUCACCGUAGACAGUGAAGAAGGAUACGACAUCCUCCAUUCCAAGUUAUAG